AUGUCGAACAACAACGGAAAUUCCAACAUAACACCCACUACUGUCACGAACUCUCCGUUACAGUCCAAGGAUUUAGCAAAGGGUGGCAAAGAUGCUUUUACCAAACCGCGAACCGUAGAAGGAGAAAAAAACACUGGAGAACGUGGGGGUGUUGCUGACGACUUGACGCAGACAAAAAACCAGAAGACCUUAGGAAAAAAGCCUGAGCACAAGGUCAAGACCGAGUCAGGGCGCUGCCAGGCAAGAAAUGCAAGAAUGAAAGCGGCCAGACAUAUCUUAGCCAUCGAAGGCGACGUCGGAAGUAGACUGGCAUACAAGAAAAAGUUGUCGCCAAAAGCCAUCGAAGUACAAUCUCACGCGCACAUAAUGAAGCAGAAGAUAUACGACCAAAUUAGCGACAGCGCUCAUUUGCUUCGGUAUAUGCGUAAAGGUACCACCCUACAGGAUCCUGAUCUAAAGGACGAAUUCGCUAAAUGCCACAGAUGCAAGCACAACAUCGAUGCUUCUGAAAUCCCCACGCUCAUCUACUCUAGGGCCAUGUGUGGCCAGUUCGACAAACUGGAGGUGGGCGAAGAUGAGACCAGCAACAUGGCAGGUCAGGCAACGCCAUUCAGAAACCGUACGCAUACGUACACGCUCUUCUAUCACUGGAGAUGUCUGUCAGAGGCUCACAAGCGGCGUCUUGGUAUGCAGGAAGUAACGCUCAUCAAGGACCCUAGUGUCUUUGAGGCGACAUGGGACCAAGUCCAGAUCGAACUUCAGGAGCUGCAGUCCCUCCCAAAGCCGAGAAGGGGACCCAGGAUUAAGCCUCAGAGGGAGAAGACGACGGCGCCAGGGACAAUGCCAAAUUCACCGAAGAGGAAAGAGUGA